AUGUCCAACCCAAACGCCUACGGCACACCAGUGUCAGACACAGCCUUCCGCAAAACCUGGGAUCGAGAAGAAUACACCAAAAAAGCCGCCGAAGACGAAGCCAAACGCAAAGCCGAAGGCAAAGCACGCUAUGAAGCCAAGCUGCUGGGCAAAAAGUACCAUGCACCAGUCGACUACAGUGCACUUGAAGAGACGACAGCACGUAACCAGCGACUUGAUGUUGCGUCCAUGGUUGGCAAGACGAUGCUUGUUCCUGCUGGAGCAGGGAUGGGCAAGCGAGGGGCUGGAGCAGGAUUUUACUGCAAGGACUGUGAUUUGACGUUCAAGGAUAAUUUGCAGCUUGUGGAGCAUUUGAAUAGCAAGCAACAUUUGAUUGCGACUGGGCAGAGUGGGGAGGUGAAGAGGGCUGGUGUUGAGGAGGUGAGGAUGCGGUUGAGGAUGCUUUCGCAUCGGAAGAGGGUGAGGGAGGAGGAGGAGAGGAAGGCUUGGCAGCUUGAUCUUGGGGUUCGGUUGAAGGAGAGGGAGGAGGCGGAUGCCAAGGAGAGGGAGGAGAAGAGGAGGAUUAGAAAUGAGAAGCGCAGGAAGGUCAAGACUGAAGAUGAUAGUUGGGAGGGUCGACUGGGGAUUAUUUCUUGA